AUGCCCAGAGAAGACAUCGAAGCGGGCAGUCUCCGCCACCGUACACGGACGCACAGCGAGCAAGCACUUCCGAUCGCCUCCCGCGCCUUCGCCGGCCGCAUCGGCGGCAACCAGACAUUCACCAUCUCGCCCGCAGACGCGGAUUUCUUGUCCAUCACCGCGAAAACGCCCGACGCCGCACCGCUCUUCACUUGGCGCUCGUCGUUCGCGCUCUCUGCCUUUGCGACCCCGGAUCUCUGGAAGGAAGCCACCAUCGAGGGCGUGGGGACCUGUUUGCAGGUGUACCUCGCGGGGCUGUACGCCGUUGGGUUGUCGUCUUCAGACGCAGGCAUAGGCAGGGUGGCAGGUGUCGCGAUGGGCAGUGUGGCAAAUGUGUUUUUGAUUAGUUUGUUUAUCUUUGGAGCGGGGCCCGUCAGCGGGGGGCAUUUCAAUCCGCUCAUCACGAUGGCUACUUUCAUGGCGAAGUUGGCGGCGUUUCCGAGGGCGGUGUUGUAUGUGCUUGCGCAGUGUGGGGGCGCGGUGGUGGCUGGGUUUGUGUUGAGGGCGAGUUUUGGGGGGAGGGAGGGGGUAGGGUUUGUGCCGGGAUGUUCGGUGGAUACGGAGGUGGUGACGGUGGGGGAGGCGUAUGCGUUUGAGACGAUGACGGCGUUUGCAUUGCUGUUCAUUGCGUUUGGAGUGGGUUUGGAUCCGCGGCAGAAGGGGGUUUUUGGACCGGCGCUGUCGCCAAUUCUUGUCGGUCUUGCGCUGGGCUUGUGUACCUUUGCAUCAGGCGUCGCAAGGGUUGGAUAUACUGGGGCGUCUUUGAAUCCGGCGCGGUGUCUUGGUCUCAUGGCCGCUGGUGGGCGGUUCGAUUAUCAUUACAUCCAUUGGGCGGGUCCGAUAACAGCUUCAGUCUUGAACGGGAUCAUGUAUCGCGUGAUUCCAAUCUACAAGCACUCUAAAAUUGAAUAA